GGCCAAGCCCGCGAUUUCGUUCCCUUUUCUUGGCAAGCCUCAGUUCGCUGCUUCCGCGGCCGCCCCCGUUUCCCCACGCGGCUUCUGAGCUGACUGAGCCGCCCCCAGCUUGUCCCCCUCCUUCCGAGCAUGCCUCUGCGCACCGCAGAUGCGGGGCUGCUGAGCUUUUUCUUCCGCAUCGAGUCUCCGAAAUGAACUAGAAGCUUCCAGAGCCUGGAUGCUGCUGCUUGUCCAGUGAGCGGGCGGAUUGUUGUUAGCGACCGCAGAAUCACUCCUUUGAUAGAUGCCUUUUCUUGCGCACUUUCGGUUGCUAACGCUAGCAGACUUCGUGCCUGGGAUCGUUUGUGAAGAUGUAAAGGGCCUUUUGCUCGUUUUAGGAGAGCCAUUCAGGAGGAAUCCUAAAUCAUGUUCUAGUUUAUUAAUUUUGCACAGUUUAAAUAAAGGAGAUAAGAUGAAAAUUGCACACUUUUGUGCUAGAAUUCGGGGAUGGAUGUGGUCAGAAUUAGAAUGUUCUAUUCCACAGCAGCGUGGGGUGGGCAAGGGCAACAUUUUAUUAAAGCAACUUUUUCAAGGGGCUUGUUUUCUGAAGAUCAUCAUGCAAACACGCCUGCAUGUACAUUGAUGGAAACAACUGAUUCCUUCUCAGGAAAAUUAAUAUCAGUCAUAUCAUUUGGAUCCAAAAACAGAACCAUUGGAGUUGCAGCCAAAAAUCAGCAAAUCACUCAUGCAAACAACACAGUGUCUAACUUCAAAAGGUUUCAUGGCCGAGCAUUCAAUGACCCCUUCAUUCAAAAGGAGAAGGGAAACUUAAGUUACGAUUUGGUUCCAAUGAAAAAUGGUGGAGUUGGAAUAAAGGUAAUGUACAUGGACGAAGAACAUCUGUUUAGUGUGGAGCAGAUAACAGCCAUGCUGUUGACGAAGUUAAAGGAAACCGCCGAAAACAACCUCAAGAAACCAGUAACAGAUUGUGUUAUUUCAGUCCCCUCUUUCUUCACAGAUGCUGAGAGGCGAUCUGUAUUAGAUGCUGCACAAAUAGUUGGCCUAAACUGCCUACGACUUAUGAAUGACAUGACAGCUGUUGCUUUGAAUUACGGAAUUUAUAAGCAGGAUCUCCCAAGCCUGGAUGAGAAACCUCGGAUAGUGGUUUUUGUUGAUAUGGGACACUCAGCUUUUCAAGUGUCUGCCUGUGCCUUUAACAAGGGAAAAUUGAAGGUACUGGGAACAGCUUUUGAUCCUUUCUUAGGAGGGAAAAACUUUGAUGAAAAGUUGGUGGAACAUUUUUGUGCAGAAUUUAAAACUAAGUACAAGUUGGAUGCAAAAUCCAAGAUUCGAGCACUGCUUCGUCUGUAUCAAGAAUGUGAAAAAUUGAAAAAGCUAAUGAGCUCUAAUAGCACAGACCUACCACUGAAUAUCGAGUGCUUUAUGAAUGACAAAGAUGUUUCCGGAAAGAUGAACAGGGCACAAUUUGAAGAACUCUGUGCUGACCUCCUGCAAAAGAUAGAAGCUCCCCUUCAUUCCCUUCUGGAACAGACUCAGCUCAGAGUUGAAGAUGUGAGUGCGGUUGAGAUUGUUGGAGGCACUACACGAAUUCCAGCCGUGAAAGAAAAAAUUGCCCGAUUCUUUGGAAAAGAUAUUAGCACGACACUCAAUGCGGAUGAAGCAGUAGCUAGAGGAUGUGCACUGCAGUGUGCAAUUCUUUCCCCAGCAUUCAAAGUUAGAGAAUUUUCCAUCACGGAUGCAGUUCCUUUUCCAAUAUCUCUGGUGUGGAACCAUGAUUCAGAAGAUACUGAAGGUGUGCAUGAAGUAUUUAGUCGAAACCAUGCUGCUCCUUUCUCCAAAGUUCUCACUUUCUUGAGAAGGGGACCUUUUGAGCUAGAAGCUUUCUAUUCUGACCCUCAAGGAGUUCCAUAUCCAGAAGCAAAAAUAGGCCGCUUCGUAGUUCAGAAUGUUUCUGCGCAGAAAGAUGGAGAAAAAUCUAGAGUGAAAGUGAAAGUGCGAGUCAAUACCCAUGGCAUUUUCACCAUCUCUACAGCAUCUAUGGUGGAGAAAGUCCCAACUGAGGAGAAUGAAGUAUCUUCUGUUGAAACAGACAUGGAGUGUCCAAAUCAAAGACCAGCAGAAAACUCAGACACCGAGAAAAAUAUCCAGCAAGACAACAGUGAAGCUGGAACACAGCCCCAGGUACAAACUGAUGGUCAACAAACCUCACAGUCUCCCCCUUCACCUGAACUUACCUCAGAAGAAAACAAAAUCCCAGAUGCUGACAAAGUCAAUGAAAAGAAAGUUGACCAGCCUCCAGAAGCUAAAAAACCCAAAAUAAAGGUGGUGAAUGUUGAGCUGCCUGUUGAAGCCAACUUGGUCUGGCAGUUAGGGAAAGACCUUCUUAACAUGUAUAUUGAGACAGAGGGUAAGAUGAUAAUGCAAGAUAAAUUGGAAAAGGAAAGAAACGAUGCUAAAAAUGCGGUGGAGGAAUAUGUGUAUGAGUUCAGGGACAAGUUGUGUGGACCAUAUGAAAAAUUUAUAUGUGAGCAGGAUCACCAAAAUUUUUUGAGAUUGCUCACGGAGACCGAAAACUGGCUCUAUGAAGAGGGAGAGGACCAAGCUAAACAAGCAUAUGUUGACAAGUUGGAAGAGUUAAUGAAAAUUGGCACUCCAGUUAAAGUUCGGUUUCAAGAAGCUGAGGAACGACCAAAAAUGUUUGAAGAACUGGGACAGAGACUGCAGCACUAUGCCAAGAUAGCCGCGGACUUCAGAAAUAAUGAUGAGAAAUACAAUCAUAUCGAUGAGUCUGAGAUGAAAAAGGUUGAGAAGUCUGUUAAUGAAGUGAUGGAGUGGAUGAACAACCUCAUGAAUGCUCAGGCUAAAAAGAGUCUUGACCAGGAUCCAGUUGUACGUGCUCAGGAAAUUAAAGCAAAAAUAAAGGAGUUGAAUAACACCUGUGAACCCGUCGUAACACAACCCAAACCAAAGAUCGAGUCACCCAAACUGGAAAGAACUCCAAAUGGCCCAAAUACUGAUAAAAAGGAAGAAGAUUUAGAAGGCACAGAAAAUCUGGGUGCCGAGCCUCCACGUCAGAACGGGGAGUGUUACCCUCACGAGAAGAGGCCCGUUAACAUGGACUUGGACUAGAGCACACUACGUCGGCUUCGUCCUUCAGUCAGUAGAUGUUUCUGCCACAGUAUGUGACUCUACAUAACAUACUGAGACUAUUUAUAUUUUCUUUUUUAAGGAUGUUUAGAAAUUUUGUGUAUUAUAUGGAAAGGGAAAAAAGCUUCAGUCUGUAGUCUUUAUGAUCCUAAAAGGGAAAAUUGCCUUGGUAACUCUCAGAUUCCUGUGGAAUUGUGAAUUCAUACUAAGCUUCUGUGCAGUAUUCCCAUUUGCAUCACUGAGGAUGAAUUUGACUUUUGUCUUUUGGAGAAAAUAAACUGUACUGCUUGUUCAAGAGGGCUGUGAUUAAAAUCUUGAAGCAUUUGUUCCUGCCAAGGUAGUUUUCUUGCAUUUUGCUCUCCAUUUCAGCACGUGUGUGGGUGUGGAUGUUUAUAAACAAGACUAAGUCUGAUUUCAUAAGGGCUUUCUAAUAUUAAUUCUGUCCAAUAGAAUAUGACUUUUUGCUUUGAUAUUAAAAAAAAUCCAAUGAGUAAAGCAAAAGCUAGUGAAAUGUGUUAGCAGCAUGCAGAACAAAAACUUUCAACUCUAUCUCUUGUUAUACAGCACAUUGUCAUGUGAAGGUGUAAAUUGGAAGAAAUGUGGAUUCUGUUUGUCACUGAUAUUGUGAAGCCUUUAUGAGCUUUAAAAUAAAGUUCAUCUUAUGGUGUCAUUUCUAAA